UUUUAAAUAAUUAUUAAAAAAUAAAAAUAAAACUAAAAAAAUAUUCAAUAAAUGUAAAAAUUGCUAAUUGUCUGCUUAUUGGUUUUGGCUGUAGCUAUUCCUACUGUCAUGUGCUCUCCUAAGAAGCCCGAUGUUUCAGUUAAGGACUUACUUACCUAUAACAAAUGGAGAAACACUCAUUAAAGAGUCUACUUGAAUGAACAUGAAUAACUUUUCAGAUAGUUAAUCUUUUUCGAAAAUCUUGCAAAGGUCAACCAACACAAUUAAAAUGGUAAUGCUACUUAUACCAUUGGUUUGAACAAAUUUUCUGAUUUCACUCAUGAAGAAUUCAAGCAUAUAAUUCUUAAUAAGAAACUCGGAACUAGAGGUUAAAGAUUGUUACAAGAUACUGAUGGGGAAGAUAACAGUAAUACUAAUGAUAACAACAACUAAAAUAAUACUAACUCUACAAUUGCUGCUUCUAUUGACUGGAGAAACGUCAAUAAUGUUUUAAACCCUGUUAAGGACUAAGGUUAAUGUGGUUCUUGCUGGACUUUUGGUGCUGCUGGUGUCAUGGAAUCUUUCAAUGCUAUUACUAAUGGAGUACUCAAGAGCUUCUCUGAAUAAUAACUUGUUGACUGUGUUCACCAAGCUGGUUUCAAUUCUGACGGUUGCAAUGGUGGUUUCUAAUCAGAUGGUGUUGAAUAUGCUAUCAAGUUUGGUAUUGUAACUGAAGACUAAUACCCUUACACUGCAGUUGGUGGUGAUUGCUAAAUUACUGAUCCUACAUCUGAUGGUUUCUACCCUAAAUCUUACAAAAAACUCCAACAAACUGCUGAUGACUUAAAGAGUGGUUUGAAUUUCUCACCUGUUACCGUUUCAGUUGAUGCUUCAAACUGGAGUUCUUACGAAAGUGGUAUUUUUGAUAACUGUGGAGAAACUACUGAGCAACAACUUAACCAUGCUGUCAUUGCUGUUGGUUAUGAUACAGAUGGUAACUGGAUUAUUAGAAACUCUUGGAGUACUUCUUGGGGUGAAGAUGGCUAUAUGAGAUUAGCUGCUGGUAACACUUGUGGUGUUUUACUUGAUACAUUAAUUGUCACUGCUUGA